UAUAAAACAGAUAUAUUAUAUAGGUUACAAAAUAAAUAAAAACAUAAACCAAUGUUUCUAAAUAGAUUAUAAAUAAAGAUUUAUUGGUGAUAUCUGUCAACUGUAGCAUGCAGGUCAUAUAUAUAUAAUUAAACCAUACACUAAAAACACAGAUAUAUAAAAGCUAAUUUUUUGGUAAUACUAAGAUUAGCUUUUGUGGGUGAAAUUAUAUUUAUUAUAAUCUUGGAUAAAGGAUAUAAUCAAUUGUCAGAAAGUAAAAUCUUGUGUUAACAUUAAAAAUACAAGAUACCCUAUGCUAAGUUUUGUAUAAGAAAUAAAAGCACCUUGGUUUUUUAGUUGUAUAAAACAACAAAAGUACCUCAUGUAAAACAAAAAUACCGGUCAUUUUAGUUUAAAAUAUUAUCCCAUCUUAGAAUUUUAUUUUCAGAUAAUUUACAAACUUUUAAUUAACUAUAACAUUUAGGGAAUUUUUAGCAGAUGACGUAACCCGAUGCCCAAACAUUAACAAACCAAAGAAACUAGCAAUGCGUAGUUCCAUUGCAAAGUAUUUGUAGUGGGUGUCAAUAAAGUUCUGUGAACCUAAUUUAAGCUACCACAUCCUGUGUUUUACUAUGACUAGCCCAGUAUUUAGUUGUAGUAUAUUUACAUAGGGAUGUACUAUGUUCUUGACAGAAGUAACAGAACCAUCAACAUGCAACUAGUUUGGAUGUUUAUCUUUCUAAAUGGAGCUUGUUGUGCGAAUGGAAUCUACAGCAGUUUCAGUGGAAAUUUCAAUAUACAGCUCCAAUCAGCAGCACCAACAAUAAGUUUUGAUGUUCCCUACAUGACGUGUUUAAGACAGGCACCAGCAUACAUUAACAUUACAGUUACACCGUCAUCUGCAAACCACCAGUUCAAUUCAAGUGUGGUUGAAAUAAAUAUCAACUACUUUCGGGUGAAACUGCUAAGAACUGAUCUCACUUCUGGGUGGGAAGUGAUUAAUUUCACAAUACAAUGGACAUCUUUUACAGGAGCAGGCAUUGAAAGCUGCAAGGAUGUUUACAACCUUGGCCACAAGGAUAUCCAAAGUUUACACCAUUUUUCCAACUUCAAAUAAUUCUUUCCAAGUUUAUUGUGAUUUAUCUGGAACGGAGUUGGAGGCAGGGUGGACGGUAAUCCAACGUAGAUACGAUGGUUCAGUAGAUUUUUACCGAAACUGGAAUGAAUAUGUCACUGGAUUUGGGAACAAAAAUGGAGAAUAUUGGUUGGGUUUGGAAAAUAUAAAAAUAUUGACGGAAAGUUUUGUAAGACUUCGUAUUGAAAUGGUGACAUGUGCAAACCAGUCAUUUUACGCUGAAUAUGGGUUGUUUAAGGUCCAUGCAGCAAGUAGUAAUUAUACAUUGGAAGUCAAAAGUAAAACCGGAACCGCACGAGAUUCAUUUAUCAGUUGGCAUAAUGGACAAAGUUUUACAACCUAUGACCGUGAUAACGACUUAUUUAAUGGUACAGAGUAUAGCAAUCAAAAUUGUGCAAUUGCAUACCAUGGGGCUUGGUGGUAUAGAGAUUGCUACAUCUCAAAUCUAAAUGGAUUAUACAACCCUUGUGCUAAAAAAAGUGAAACUAUGAAUUGGAGAGGGUUGAACAACCCAUACAGUGGCCUAAGAUCCGUGACUAUGAAAAUUAAACCGAUUUAAACAAGUAUUAAUCGUACGGUAACAGAAAACCUCAUUCAUCUAUUUGACGAUUUGGAGUUAGGUGAAUUCUUACAAGUAUUCUGUCAAAAAAUGUAGCAACACAUAUGUUUGGAGUUGUAGUAUAAACAAAAUCGUUGACACACGCGCACAGACAAACUUCAAUCUUUGGGGAAUAAAUGAAUAAGUUUAACUUA